AUGGCAUUUCUGAGUCAGAGGGAGGAUGAGGAUGAGCUGGAGGCUGAAGAUGAAGAGCAGAGGAGCAGCAGAGAGUCACUGAUGAAGAUCACAGUGAACUUCCUGAGGAGAAUGAAACAGGAGGAGCUGGCUGAUCGACUGCAGAGCAGAUCUCCAGCAGUUUGUCAACGUAAAGUCCAAUCUAGUCUGAAGAAGAAGUUCCAGUGUUUGUUUGAGGGGAUGGCUAAAGCAAUAAACCCAACCCUUCUGAAUGAGAUCUACACAGAGGCAGCAUCCAAGAAAGCAGACAGAGCAGAAACAACCAUCAGACAAGAAGAGCUCUUUCAACUCCCAGCUGGAAGACAAGAACCAAUAAGAACCGUGAUGACUAAGGGAGUGGCUGGCAUCGGGAAAACAGUAUUAACACAGAAGUUCACUCUGAACUGGGCUGAAGGCAAAGCCCACCAGAAUCUCCACUUCAUAUUUCCAUUCACUUUCAGAGAGCUGAAUGUGCUGAAAGAAGAGAAGUUCAGCUUGGUGGAACUUAUUCAUCACUUCUUCCCUGAAACCAAACAAGCAGGAAUUUUCAGAUUUGAAGACUUCCAGGUCCUCUUCAUCUUUGAUGGUCUGGAUGAGAGUCGACUUCCUUUGGACUUCCACAAGACUCAGAUCCUAAAUGACCCUAGAGAGUCCACCUCAGUGGCUGAUAUGCUGAGAAACCUCAUUAGGGGAAACCUGCUUCCCUCUGCUCUCAUCUGGAUAACCACACGACCUGCAGCAGCCAAUCAGAUCCCUGCUGAGUGUGUUGACAUAGUGACAGAGGUCAGGGGGUUCAAUGAUCCACAGAAGGAGGAGUACUUCAGGAAGAGGUUCAGAGAUGAAGAGCAGGCCAGCAGGAUCAUCUCCCACAUCAAGAGAUCACGAAGCCUCCGCAUCAUGUGCCACAUCCCAGUCUUCUGCUGGAUCACUGCUACAGUUCUGGAUGAUCUGCUGAAGAGCAGAGAGGGAGGAGAGAUGCCCAAGAACCUGACUGAGAUGUACAUCCACUUUCUGGUGCUUCCGGCCAAAGUCCAGAAGGUCAAGUAUGGCAGAGGAGCUGAGAUGGAUCCUCACUGGAGUCCAGAGAGCAGGGAGAUGAUGGAGUCUCUGGGAAAACUGGCUUUUGAGCAGCUGCAGAAAGGAAACCUGAUCUUCUAUGAAUCCGACCUAACAGAGUGUGGUAUCAAUAUCAAAGCAGCCUUGGUGUACUCAGGAGUGUUCACACAGAUCUUUAGAGAGGAGAGAGGCCUGUACCAGGACAAGGUCUUCUGCUUCAUCCAUCUGAGUGUUCAGGAGUUUCUGGCUGCUCUUCAUGUCCACCUGACCUUCAUCACCUCUGGACUCAACCUCAUGGAGGAACAGCAAUCACAGAUGUCUCAGCAUAAACAGAGAAGAUCAGUCCAGUUGUACCAGAGUGCUGUGAAGAAGGCCUUAAAGAGUCUAAACGGACACCUGGACUUGUUCCUCCGCUUCCUCCUGGGUCUUUCACUGCAGACCAAUCAGAGACUCUUACGAGGUCUGCUGACUCAGACAGGAAGUAGCUCAAAGAUCAAUCAGGAAACAGUCCAGUUCAUCAAGGAGAAGAUCAGUGAGGAUCUGUCUGCAGAGCAAAGCAUCAACCUGUUCCACUGUCUGAAUGAACUGAAUGAUGCUUCUCUAGUGGAGGAGAUCCAACGGUUAAGGAGGUUAGGACGUCUGUCCACAGAGAAACUGUCUCCUGCUCAGUGGUCUGCUCUGAGCUUCAUCUUACUGUCAUCAGAAGAAGAUCUGGAAAAGUUUGAACUGAAGAAAUACUCUGGUUCAGAGAAGGGUCUUCUGAGGCUGCUGCCAGUGGUAAAAGCCUCCAACAAAGCUUUGUUGGAUAAUUGUAAUCUGUCGGAGAGAAGCUGUGCAGCUCUGUCCUCAGUUCUAAGAUCUCAGUCCUCCAGACUCAGACUUCUGGACCUGAGUAACAACAACCUGCAAGAUUCAGGAGUGAAGCUGCUAUCAGCUGGACUGAAGAGUCCAUACUGUAAAUUGGAGACUCUCAGGUUGGUGAGAUGCAGUUUGUCAGAGAACAGCUGUGAAGCUCUGGGCUCAGCUUUGGAGAAAAACCCAUCUAAUCUGAAAGUACUGGACCUGAGCGGGAACAAGAACCUGCAGGAUUCAGGAGUUCUUCAACUGUGUGGUUUUCUGGAGAGUCCAGACUGCAGACUGCAGACUCUGAGGUUGAUUAACUGCAGAUUGUCAAAGACCAGCUGUGAAGCUCUGGCCUCAGCUCUGAAGUCCAACUCGUCCCCCCUGACAGAACUGGACCUGGAUUACAACAACCUUCAGUCUUCAGAUGUUCAGCAGCUCCAGGAUCUGGUGGACAGUCCAAACUCCAAACUGCAGACUCGUGGAGGAUGGCAGAUUGAAGUUCCUCCUGGAGAAGCAGAGAGGAGCAGCAGCAGCAGCUGGUCUGCAGAGAUGUUGUGA